GCAGCAGAAAAAGUUCAGUGGAGGAGUUUUGAGGACUUGGCUGACUGAUGAGGAACCAGCUCAUUCUUUCAGGCUGAGUCACGGCGCGCAAACGAGCUCAGCAGAGCAGAUCCGCACUGCGACGCAUUUACACUCCCCCCUCAGCAGCAGCAGCCCACCCUCUCCCCUCUCUCUCUCUCUCUCAGACGCCCAGAGCGCGAGCGCAAGCGCGAGGGGAGGAACAGAUGCAGUUCAGCUGCAGGCUGCCUUACUGCACCGCUAUCUCACUGCAGCGCGAGCUCCCUGUUGUGUUGUUCUGAGCGUUGGGGGAGGAAAACAACUUCGCCACGAUGGCAGAGAAGACCCCCGAGCCCAGCAGGACCACCCCAGAGGCCUCAGAGGAGACUAAAGCGCCGGAAGAAGCUCCGAGCAGAGAGGAGACGGCGGUGAGGAGCGGAAGAAUCGACCCCAUGGCGAUCCUGUGGACUUUUGGGAAGUGCCUAACGGCGCUGCUGCCCGUCUACUUGGCUGGGUACUACAGAGUGAGCACCAGCCUGGUGGUCUUCGGCCUCAUGGUCUAUUCGGGCUGGAAACACACCCGAGAGGCCAAAGAAGCUCGUCUAAAAGCUGCCAUACAGUCUCUGGGUGAAGAUCAGGAGAGCUCCUCUGCAAGCGUGGCGAAAAGAGAUCUUCCUGCUUGGGUCAAUUUCCCGGACGUGGAGAAGGUGGAAUGGCUGAAUAAGGUUAUCCAACAGGCUUGGCCUUAUAUUGGUCAAUAUUUGGAGAAGUUGCUGACAGAAAGCAUCGCUCCGUCCCUCCGAGCGUCCAGCUCCCACCUGCAGACCCUCAGCUUCACCAAAGUUGACUUCGGGGACAAGCCUAUGAAGGUAGUUGGUGUAAAGGCUCAUACUGAGAAUGAAAAAGGUCAAAUCCUGCUGGACGUUUACAUCAGCUAUGUGGGAAAUGCGGAGAUAAACGUAGAGGUGAAGAGGUAUUUCUGUAAAGCUGGAGUGAAAGGAAUUCAGCUCCAUGGGAUGAUGAGAGUGAUUCUGGAGCCUCUGAUUGGUAACGUUCCCAUUGUGGGAGCCGUUACCAUGUUCUUCAUUCGCAGGCCUAAACUGGAGAUUAACUGGACCGGCCUGACCAACCUACUCGACAUCCCGGGGCUCGAUGUGAUGUCAGACGCUAAGAUAAUGGACGCCAUCGCCUCCUUCCUGGUGCUGCCCAAUCGCCUUACUGUCCCGCUGGUUCCAGAUCUGCACGUGGCCCAGCUGCGCUGCCCUCUGCCCAGGGGCGUGGUGCGUAUUCACCUGCUGGAAGCUGAAAAUCUGGCUGCGAAGGAUAACUACGUGAAGGGUGUGAUGGCAGGAAUGUCGGACCCCUACGCUUUGAUCAGGGUGGGGCCGCAAUCUUUCAAAUCCCGCCACCAGGACAACACGUCCAGCCCGAAAUGGGGCGAGAUGUACGAGGUCAUCGUUCAUGAGGUGCCUGGUCAGGAGUUGGAGGUGGAAGUUUAUGACAAAGAUCCAGACAAGGAUGACUUCCUGGGCAGGACUAAGAUGGAUUUGGGUAUAGUGAGGAAGGCCAGAGUUAUUGAUGAGUGGUUCACGCUGAAGGACACAGAUACAGGACGAGUUCACCUCAAACUGGAAUGGCUAACAUUAGAGGACAACACAGAGAGACUGGAGCAGGUUCUGAAAAGAAAUGAAAGUGUGUUGAGUAAAACAGCGGAUCCCCCCUCUGCAGCCAUCCUGGCAGUGUAUUUGGACAAGGCGGAGGCGCUUCCUAUGAAGAAAGCCAACAAGGAUCCCAGUCCAAUGGUGCAGCUUUCUGUGCGCGACGUAACCCGAGAAAGCCGAACAUGCUGGGACACGGUUAAUCCCCAGUGGGAAGAUGCCUUCACAUUCUUCAUCCAAGAUCCACACAAACAGGACGUUGACAUCCAGGUGAAGGAUAAUGACCGUGUGCAGAGCCUGGGCAGCCUGUCCAUCCCUCUGUCUCGUCUGCUGUCGUGUCCUCAGCUCAGCCUAAAUGAGUGGUUUAAUCUGGAUCAGUCUGGCCCGGACAGUCGUAUCCACAUCAACACUGUACUCAGGGUGCUUUGGAUGGAUGAACAUGCCGUGGCUUCCUCCCUCCUCUCCAGUGAUCCAGGCUCAGCAGCCAAGCGUGGAGCUUCACUACCCAAACACGCCAGCCCAGAUCCCAGCUUCGCCACUGAGGGGGUGCUACGUAUCCACCUGCUGGAGGGUCAGAAUUUGGUUCCUAAGGACAACCUGAUGGGGGGCAUGGUGAAGGGGAAGAGCGACCCCUACGUCACCAUUAAUGUUGGGGGAAACACCUUUAAGAGUCUUGUGAUCAAGGAGAACCUAAACCCCACCUGGAACGAGAUGUACGAGGUGGUUAUGACUGAUCUUCCUGGUCAAGACGUGUCAUUGGAGGUGCUGGACAAAGACAUGGACAUGAAAGAUGACUUCAUGGGCAGAUUGAAGAUUAAGCUGAGUGAUAUUAUCAAAGCCCAGCACAUUGAUGAGUGGUUCACUCUGAAUGAUGUGAAACGUGGUCGUAUUCAUCUGGCUCUGGAGUGGCUGCCCAGAGUAACACAGUCGGACAAACUGCAGCAGGUGCUGCUUUACCAGGCUAAGAGCUCGUACCUGAACAAGGCGGUGCCUGCUGCAGCUCUGCUCUUCGUGUAUUUGGAGGCUGCACAUGAUCUCCCUUUGAAGAAGAGUGGGAAGGAGCCUAAAGUUGGUGCUGAACUUGUUCUAGGAGGGACUAGUUACAAAACGACGGUUUGUGAUCGUACCAGCUCGCCACAGUGGAAUGAGGCUUUCCACUUCCUGGUGCGUGACCCCAAAAAGCAGGAGCUUAUAGUGAAGCUGUCCCACUGCUGGGAUUUCCCUCUGGGCUCUGUGGUGAUUCCAGUGAAAGAGCUGCUCUCUCAGCCAGAUCUGCUGCUGGACCAGUGGCUCAAUCUGGAUGGAGCUUCUCCUGAGAGUCAGGUUCUGCUGAGAGCUCAGCUUAAGAUUCUGUGCCCUAAAGUGACGGAGAGUUUCAAAGAGCACUCAGAGACGCCUGCUUUACCCAAGACCUCCAUCAGAGAGAGCAAACCGGAGGCGGAGUCCGUUCAGAAGUCUAGUGAACCGCUGGUUCCAGUCACUAUCACCUCCUCUGUAACUGCUCCUGAGGAGAAGGAGAGCAGGAAGGUGCCAGAAGCUCCAAAAACUCCAGAAACUCCAAAACCUCUUGAAACUCCAAAAGCCCCAGAAACUCCAAAAGCUCCUGAAGCUCCAAAAGCUCCAGAGGUCAUCAGUCAAGCUGACGUUCUACCCCAGCACACCAGCCCAGAUCCCAGCUUCAGCACUGAGGGGGUGCUGCGGAUCCACCUGCUGGAAGCUGAGAAUUUAAUUGCCAAAGACAACCUGAUGGGGGGCAUGGUGAAGGGGAAGAGUGACCCCUACGUGAAGAUCAACGUUGAGGGAACCACCUUUAAGAGUCACGUGAUCAAGGAGAACCUGAACCCCACCUGGAACGAGAUGUACGAGCUGGUUCUGGCCUCUAAGCCUUCUUCAGAGGUUAAUGUAGAGCUCUUUGAUAAGGACAUUGAUAAAGACGACUUUUUGGGGAGGUUUCGCGUCAGCCUGAGUGAAGUCGUUCAGGCUCAGUACAUUGACCAGUGGUUUACUCUGAAUGAUGUGAAACAUGGUCGUCUUCACCUGGUUCUGGAGUGGGUGCCCACAGUAACUCAGCCUGAUAAGCUGCAACAUGCUUUGCAGUUAAAGUCCAUUCAGUCCUACCAGAAUAAAGCUUCUCCCUCUGCAGCUCUGCUGUUCAUCCUGGUUGAGAGAGCUCAUGCGCUACCAUUGAAGAAGAGCGGGAAGGAGCCUAAAGCUGGAGCUGAACUUGUUCUUGGGGCAACAUCCUACAAAACGAAGGUCUGUGAUCGCUCCACCUCUCCUCAGUGGCAUGAAGCAUUCAACUUCCUCGUUCACGAUCCGAGCAAAGACAUGCUGGUUAUUAAGCUCUCCAGUGGGUGGGAUCAGCCUAUGGGUUCUCUGGUCCUGCCAAUGAGAGAGCUGCUCUCUCAGCCAGAGCUGCUGCUGGACCGGUGGCUGAGUUUGGAUGGAGCUUUACCUGAGAGUCAGAUCCUGCUGAGAGCACAGCUGAAGGUCUUGAACUCCAAGAUGGCUUCCCUCAUGGCGCUUGGUGCUGGUCCUGUGUUGAGCAAUAAGCAGGCGGCCACAACUGGGCAGAUCAAAAUCUCACUGUCCCACCAGAAGAAACUCGCUGUUGUCGUUCACGGUUGCAGAAGCCUGGUCUCAUCAUCCAAAGAGGGUUUAGACACCUACGUCUCGCUGAUUCUCCUGCCAGAUAAAAACAAGGCCACGAAGAGAAAGACGGCCGUGAAGAAGAAAGACCUGGAGCCGGAGUUUAACGAGAGGUUCGAGUUCGAUCUGAGCGUGGACGAUGCUCGGCAGCGGGUGCUGAGUGUGUGUCUGAAGCACAGCUCGUCCUUCAUGAGCCGAGACAAAGACGUCAUUGGUCAGCUGCAAAUAGAUCUGGCGCAGGUUGACCUCCUCUCAGGUGUCACACAGUGGUUUGACUUGAAGGAAGAGAACAACUAGCUGAACACGCUUCACUCUGACCUUCCUUCGAGGUCACCGAUGCAACUUAUCACACCGAUGCCUUCCCGUGCUCUCCUUUCUCUGCCUGCUCGUACUGAUGGACUGAUGGACUGACUGAUGGUGUAAUGUGGUUUACAGGCCCAGUAUUGUUUAUUAGUGAAAUAUGAGUAGGCUUACAAGAAGAGUAUUAUAUCUGAAUUUUAAAAUUGCCAAUAUCCAUGUAAGCAGGGGAUCAUAGAUGCUUAUCAAAGUACCGACUGUGUUACAUUUAGGAUGUUUAAUGUUCUGAAAUGUUAGUAGUAUCAGUACUGCUGGGAAUUUCAGACAGAGAGCUGUGAUUGUUCAGGUGUGGGUGCAUUUACAGUGAGCUCCAAAAGUUUCAGGAAUGGCUUUUUUUGUCGUAUCCGUGCGCUUUAACUCUUUGAAAUUGGAAUUUAAUAGUGCUUAUAAGGGUUAAUAUGAUUUAAUUAAAACAUAUUUCUCACUAAAUCAACCACAUAUGAACUCUAGAACACAGAUUUCAGCACCACACAUUAGAAUCAUCUUCGUCGUUUGUUUGUCAAACCUUUGGAGCUCACUGUAUGGAGAAUAUUAAGCAAUAUGAGCAGAUUGGACCACUGACUGCUAUCAGCAAGGACCACAGCUUGGAUCGCUGGGUAAAAAUCUUCUUUUUAUGAGAACAUUGAUGUACUCUGGGUAGCUAAUGGCCAUGAGCACUUAUAGAUAAAUCACUAAGGAGUCCCAGUUUGUGUUGAGUGCUUGAGAGCAACAAAAUAUGCUGGAUGAGGAAAUGUAGAUUAAGAUGUUUUAGAAUUAGUUUCAUUAUGCUGGUAAAUAGAUCACUGGCCUUUUCUAGCCUUAAGAAUGACCCACGCUUGUGUCUUUCACUUCAAACUCCAGCUGCAGAUUAUCGUGUACUCAGCCGAAGUCAUUGUGUUACUGUAUUGUACUGCAUAGUUACCUUUAUUGCUGAAAGCAUAUAGAUUGUGACGUGAUAAAUAUCAUCAUAUCCAAAGCAUUUCAUCUUAUUUUAUUGCCUUUUAUUUUCAGGAGGUUUUAUUUGGACACCUAAGCUUUGUAGGGAUGCACCGAUCAUGACUUGUUACGGCAGAUUCCAAUUUCUUUGCAGACGGAUAAUCCAAAGCUCACACUGUGGGCAAAAUGAACACAUUUCAGACUUUCUGUUAGCCCAACGUCACAAUUUAAAUAACAUUAUUUGCUCUUAAAUUAGCCAAACUGGCAUUUUAAACUCAAAUCGGCUGUCUAUUGAAAUAACGAGUCAAAUAAAGUGCUAUAGUGAAGGUUGGAGGCGACAGGUGUGGGCAGGGUUAUUAUAGUUCACUAAAACUGUCACUAAAACAAAAACUAGCAGUGAAAAAAUGUGCUGGUUAAUUGUAAUGAAGAUAAAAAUGACAGAAUAAACACAAAA